AGAAGUUAGUGCAAGACUCAUUUCUGCCAUGGAAGAACGCAUGAAGUUGUACUCAGCUGCAAUAAAAACAGAUUCCGGCGCAAAAUGAUUGCGCCGAAUACGCUGGAGCGUUUCUUCCUCGUCGAUAAUUGUGUACAACCGGACGUGCUCCAUUUCGGUUGCGUUAAGGAACUUUCUUGCUAAAGACAAAGAGUGCAAAAGUGCUAUGCGACCGGCACGAAUACACACCCGAGCUGAUGUUUUUUUGUGAUUUUUCUGAAAUUUUUAAUGCAGCCGGAGCCGAGGCCGAGCGCAAAAUAGACGAAAGUUCAACUUUAAAGUGCUUUUCUGGUUAAGGGUUUGCAUUGUUCUUUCACGAGUGUGUUUGUGUCCGUCUUCCUCUUCGUGACGAAUACUACGGUGCGCAAGCAUGUUCACAAACACGUACGACCCAGUUGCAGUUGGUGAACGGCAGUUGGGCCACUUGGGCGGCUCCAGCAACUCAACGUCAACGUCUUCAACUGCAGCCGUGACGAAUUCGACAGUGCCCACCGCUGCUUCAGGAACCUCUUCGUCUUCGUCACACGCGGCCGAUGGCGGGACUAGUACAACCAACACCAGCUCCCACCAUGGCCACAUUGUCAGCACCCCGGAAGGAGCGGAAUCCGCAGCUGCGCUCACAGCCCCCACGAUUGGCCCCUUCCCGGACAGGAGUCACUUCCUCGGCCAUCCAGAUUUUUUGUACCUGGUUUGUCUCGUUGCCGGGGUAGCAAUUGUACUGCUCAGCAACCGCGUGCCGAAGCUCUUCACAACCGCCGGGUCCCUGGUCGCGGGCGUGUGGAUAGGCUUGAUUUUUAUGGAUCUGCAGGACCAUAACAAUACUGCGACCGACGAGUGGUGGCUGCCCCUGUUUUGCAGCGUCGCCUCCUCAUUGGUUCUGCUAGUAGUUUUAAAUCGAUGGAUCCGCAUCGGCAUUGGCGUUCUAUCCAGCAUGAUGAUCGUGGUGCAGUUGCUGGCUCUACUGCGGCUUCUUCAAGUCAAUGUGGAGCGAGACGUCCUGGGCAAGGUGCGGGCAUCUUUCUUUUGUUCCACAGCUUUGUUUCCUCGUAGCAGGAAAGUAUACGUCAAAUAGAUCAUCUUGAUUGGAUUUGUAGCUUUAAACCACUUCUAAAUCUAAGUGUAUCAGACUGACACGUAACACGCCUGCUCGAAACAUCAACUACAACUACUUCCAUCUCAGAUUCAUCAUGAGCCGUUUUACCAGUAUGGUGUGUGGAUCUAUCUGGUCCUUGCCUUGCUGACGUGCGGUAUGUGUGUACUAUCACGGUUUUCCGGCAACCUUGUCGUUAACGCAACCUCGGUGGCCCUCGGUACUUUGCUUGUCAUUUCUGCCUGCAGCUACUUCCUGCAGCGCGCCAUCAAUUCAGAAGAAAGCGAGCGGAUGCGAAACCGGCGUGGCUUCGCGCUAUUAGACGACCUCGCGCGCGUCACUUCGCAGGUUCGUUACGAACAGUGCGGCCGCUUUUUGCCAGAUCGCGCAGCUGCCAACGGACUGUGGGAGAAGGGCGGCUGCGAUUGCAAGGUCGGAUGUGUCUUUGAAAUCUUAGCGUGGUUUUUCUCCAAGGCUGGCGUUUUGUACCUACAACGUCGCUGGCGACUGCGGUGGGGGGCAAAAGAAGAAGCCGCACCACUCCGGAACGGGGCCGACGGAGCGCAGCAGCUGCCUAUCGGCAAAGCCAGUCCGCCGGACAAUUUGGGGGCCGCUGGAAGAGGGGGAUUUUAUGAACUGUCUGAGGAUCCAGAAGUGCAACUGACCGCUGGUGGCUACGAAGUGCCAACGGCACCACCUAAAACUGGUAACCGAGUCUGAUCUGUUUCGUCCUUUUCGAUUUUUUAGAGUCUUGCGUUUGCCACGACCAACAUGUUUGCAUGAGCAACACAGCAUUUUUGUGAUUCUUUGUGCGAAUUUUCUUGAACAGUCCACAUGAUCAUGGUGCUGCUUCUAGCGGCUACAAUCUCUGUGCUACAACUUUCUGCUGGCCGUCACACAGAGAUAGACAGACAAGAAGUUCUUGUGCCGAACGGCUCCUGGUGCUUCCCAU